AUGUAUCUGAAGAUCAAAGAUGACCAGUGUGAUGGAACAGGCACAGGUGAUGAAUACUGUCACUUUAAAAUUGAGAAGAAUUUGGAAACUGGAUCUAUAAGCCUAGAAUCAGUGCAAAAUAAAGGGAUAUAUGUUGGUCUCCUGCCAGAUGGCCAAACUAAACCAGUUGUUAACACUGGAGAGAGAAAUAUUUUUUUCUACCCACAGGUCAUCAAAUUUGGCCGGGAAGAACCUAUGGGAACCUCUGCAGCACCCAAUCAAGAGAAGAAAGACUUCAGAGAAUCUCAACUCCAACCAGGAAAAGCCCAGAAGCUGGUAUCUCAAAGCCCUUCAACUCCCCCAUCCUCCAAGGAAAUGAGCAAUCCCCAAGGUGGUGAGCGUUCCCUUCCUUCAGAUGAUGAAUGGAAAGUGUCAAUACUGACAGGAAAUGCAGGAACUGAAGCGAAUGUUGCUCUCUGGAUAUAUGGAGACAGGGGAGUAGCUGGACCAAUAACUCUUGGCGAGGACAACAGGAAGCAGCUGUUUCUUCCCAGGCAGGAAGACGAAUUUCAGGUUGAAAUAAAAAGCAUUGGGAAAAUCUACAAGAUAAGAAUUGAAUUUGAUGGAUUACCAAAUGAACAAUCAGAGUGGAACUUACAAAGGGUGACACUGCAACAUCUAAAGAGCAAGAAAACACUGAAUUUUCCAGCAAACGCACGGUUAUCAAAGAAUUGUGAUGGCAGAGGAUUUCUCUGUGAACUUCCAGUAGUGGAAGCUGGAAAACCUAUCUAUCCAAUUGUUUUAUACCAUGUUUAUGUCUAUACCGGUGACUUGGAGCGUGCUGAUACAGAUCCUGCAGUUUAUUUGUGCAUCUAUGGAAAAAGAGGAGAUUCUGGUCUAAGACUUCUGCAUAAAACUGGUAUGCCAGUGACAUUUCAGAGAAGAAUGGUCAAUGUUUUUGAAGUGGAAGCUGUAUCUCUUGGGAAGCUGCAGAAGGUGCUGUUGCGCUGUGAGGCCAAUACCAAGCCCCAGUACUGGUACUGUGAUAAAAUCGUUGUCAGAGAAGCCUCCAGCAACUCAGAAUAUGUUUUCAAUUGUGAAAGGUGGAUCCCAUUUAUGUCCCAAGGUAUAAUCCAAUCAGAAAUUGAGCUGUACCCUCAAGAAGGAGACUGGAAGAUUACUGUAGUCACUGGAGAUUUUGAAACAGCUGGCACAACAGCAACAGUAUCCCUUUACGCUUAUGGAGAAAACAAAGCUUCUGGUCCUAUUAUUUUGGGAUCUGGGAAACACCAGCUGUUUAAUCCCAGCAGUGAAGAUACAUUUAAGGUUAAUCUCAGAGAUCUUGGGCAGCUAUAUAAAAUCCGCAUCGGCCAUGACAACACUGGAAAUGAUCCCAGUUGGUACCUGAAGGAAGUCAAACUUGAAAGAGUAGUCCCUCGUUCUGAUGAAGAGUUUUGUCUCCCCAUAGAGUGCUGGCUUGCGGAAGACAAGGAUGAAGGUGAUACAUGGAGAGAAGUGGCAGUAAGAAACCCUGCAAAGGAGCUUUUGCCAUUGUUGGUGUACGAGGUCCAUGUAUACACAGGUGCUGAACUUGGUGCUGAAACAAAUUCCAACGUUUAUAUCAACCUCAUUGGGAUAAGAGGAGAUGCUGGCAAAAGGAAGCUCCACAGAUCUAAGAAUAAUAAUGUAAAAUUUCAACGUGGACAGAUGGAUAUUUUCUGCAUAAAGGCUGUCUCACUGGGAGACUUGGAGAAAGUUCUGAUUAGCCAUGAUGGAGCUGGUCCAGGCAAUGGAUGGUUCCUGGAUAAGAUUGUCAUCAAACAUAAAGAAGGAGAGGAAGCUCAGGAGGUUGUCUUUCCUUGUAAUAGAUGGUUAGAUGAAUGCCAAGAUGAUGGGAAAACUGAAAGGGAGCUAACUGCCAAUGAGGAUGGCAGUUCAAUGAAGGCGUUCCUCAAAGCACAACGGUGGAGAGUGCAGGUUAAAACAGAUGGAGAUUCCCCAGAGCCACAGGAAUGUAAAAGGACCCUUGUGAUUUAUGGCUCAAAGGGCAAAAGUGAUGAGCUUCUGCUUUCUCCACAAACCCCUGGCUAUGUGUGCUUUCUGCCCAGAGCAACUGAUGAAUUCACUGUUGAGACUGGAGAUCUGGGAGACAUAUACAAGAUUCGAGUCAGCUGUGAUGAUGUGCCAGGCUUUGAGGGUUGGCAUCUGAAGUCUUUUUGCUUAGAAGAGUUACACACAAAACAAGAGCUGAACUUUGACUGUAACUGCUGGCUUACUCUUAACAGAGAAGACAAGGAGCUGGUGAAAGAAUUCCCUGCAGUCACCAAGGACCAGAAAACUUUACCAGUCUGUAAGUAUGUUGUCUCUGUGCAUACUGGUGAUCGCUGGGGAGCAGAGACGUUUGCAAAUGUUUAUAUCACUCUCUAUGGCAAAAGAGGGGACACAGGUGUGAGGAAACUUCAUACAUCUUUAACAAAAGGAAGAAAAUUUCAAAGAAAUAAGGUGGAUUCAUUUUUGGUGGAAGCUGUUUGUCUGAGUCAUUUGCAAAAAGUGGUCAUAGGACAUGACGGAGAAGGCUAUGGGGCAGGGAUGUACCUCAAGAUGGUAACAGUCAAAGAAUCACAAGAUUCAGACAAAGAAUGGGUCUUUCCAUUGUGGAAUUGGCUUGAUACUCAUUUGGGCUUAUGUGAGACUGUUUGUGAGAUUGUAACAAUUGUUGUGGAAUACACAAUCCAUUUGCACACGGGAGACUUGAAGAAAGCAGAUGCCACUGGUGAGGUUUAUCUUUGUAUACAAGGAGAAAAAAGUUACUCCGGGAAACGAUGGCUUAACUCGAAAAAGAGCCUGAUCACUUUGGCAAGAGGGCAGGUGGAUAUUUUCAAAAUCAAAUCAGUAUACCUUGGCAAAUUGAAUCAAGUUCUGGUUGGAUUUAAAAGUCUAAAAAAAGAUGAGUGGUUCUUGGAAAAAAUUGUUAUAAAAGAAGAUUUCUACCCUUUUUCUGUGCAUGUUUUUGUUCACAAUGACUGGAUAAAUAAACACUCCAAGAAAGAUUUUGUAGAAGUGGCAAUUCCACUCAAAGAAACAUCUGUGACGUCUCUUCUUGUGAAAAAUUUUGAUAUGAAAAGCAGAGGACGAUGGCAAACAUGGGUGCACUGUACACAAGUACCAGAAGAUGUUCCUGACAUUCAAGUUGUUGCAUUUGGAAGAAAAGGGAAAUCCCCCGCACAGAAAGUUCAAAAUCUGAGUGAUAAUCCUUUUUUGUUGACUGUUGGUGAUAUUGGAGAUAUAACAAAACUUUCCUUUAUAUUGUCCGGUCCGUCCCUGAGAAGAGGAAUUAAACUUCACAAGCUUCGGCUAAAAGACCUGGAUACUAAACAAGAGUUGGGCUUCCAUACUGAAGCCCCAUAUCUGUUUGGAGAAGAUGGAUCUGAGACUGUGACAGAGCUAGCAGCAGUCAGGCCAGACAAGCCACCGCUCAAGGAAGUCCUUUACUCGAUCAGUGUUCAUACGGGAACAUUGCCCGCAUCAGGGACUGAUGCAAAUGUAUUUAUUACAGUAUUUGGAGAACAGGGAGAUUCCUGUAAAAGGCGACUAAGGCACUCAAAUUUUGAGAGAGGACAGGUUUGUAUUUCUGAAAUGAGAGCAGUAGACCUUGGACAGUUAAGCAAAGUCCUUGUUGAGCACCAUAAUGUGGGUUAUGGAGCCGGAUGGUACCUGGACCAAAUUGUCAUCCAUGAAUCAGGCAGGACUGACGACCAAUAUGUAUUUCUUUGCCAACAAUGGUUAGACAGUGGAGUUGGUGAUGCACAGAUGAAACGAACAUUGAAACUUCUUGGAAAAGUUGGGAAUGGAAUGUUGACAGGAAAGAUUUAUGGGACUUGGGAUGUCCUUGUUACAACUAGUGAUAUUUCUUCUAAUUCCAUGAACCCUAAAAUGUCUCUAACUGUAUGUGGUGAAAAAGGAAACUGUACUUCAGUGAUAUUCCCCAAAGGAUCCCUUAAAAAAGAACAGAUUUAUGAGACUUCUAUUGAACUAAGUAAGAAAUUUAAUACUAUAUUCAAAGUUCGCUUAGAAAUUGAAGAAGCUGGAGAAGGAGAAACUUGGCAUUGCCGUGAGGUAAAGCUUCAACAUAGAGAAAGUAAAAAUGUUCUAGAAUUUCCAUUUUGUCACAACUUUGCUGAUGAAGAAGGAGGAAGAGUGACUGAGCUUCCAGUUCUCACAGCAGGAUCUCCUUUUCCAGCAGUGAAAAGCUAUGUUCUCUACAUCACCACGGGUGCUACCCCUGGGUCAGGAACAGAUGCAGAUGUAUAUGUCAUGCUGCAAGGCCCACUGGGAGAUACUGGCAGAAGAAAGCUAAUCAGAAAAGGAGAUGACAAUUUCACUAAAGGAAAGGUGGAUGUUUUUCAAGUGGAAGCAGUAGAUGUUGGGAUGCUGCAAAGGAUGGUGGUUGAAAAAGGGAAAGGUUCUGACUGGCUUCUGGAGAAGAUUGUUGUGAAAGAAUCAGCAUCUUCAGGGACCGAAACAUUGUUUAUGGCUCAUACAUGGCUUAAAGACAGACAUGAUGGAAAAAGAUCUGCCUCAGUAGCUCUGAAUGCCACAGAAAUUCAGGAAAGGAGGAGCACUUCUGCCUGGCCUUUAGGAAAAGAACAAAUGAAUUCAGAAGGCAGAUGGAGGGUUUAUUUAACAAAACAUCAAGAAGAAACAAAACCAGAAUUUGAAAAGUUGUCAGAAAAUAUAUCCAAAAUGGUUAUGGUUUUUUACGGAAGCAAAGGCAAGUCAAAUCCAGUUUCCAUGGAAAACAGAGUGGAUCAUCAGACUAAGAACCAAAUAACAUAUGAUAUACAUUUACCAUCUGAUUUGGGAACGCUUUAUAAAGUGAGACUUGGUCUCCAGAGUUUGGAAAACAGCAUAUCCCAGUUGUCUCUUCAUCACUUUAAAAUACAGAACACAUCGACCCUGGAUACCUUUAGUCUCACCAUAAAUAAAACACUUCCUCUUUCCCUUAAUGGAGACAGAUGGAUUGAAUUCCCCAUACAGUGGCCAUUAAAAGAAGCACUUUCUGUGGUUACAUAUCAUCUAACAGUAUUUUCUGGAAAUAUUUUGAGUGAGAGAAAUUUAGUGCACGUGACUGCAUGUAUAUAUGGUAGUCGUGGCGACACAGGGGACAGAUCUCUUCUCCAGCCAUUGCAGAAUGUCCAGCAUGGAGAGGAAAAUGAGUCAUUUUUAGUUACUGUGGAUGCUGUGGAUUUGGGAGAACUGGACAAAAUUGUUCUUUUGAUCAGCAGCAAAACAGACUGCAAACUGAACAUUAAAAAAUUGGAAGUGAAAGAAGCUACAAAGGAGCAUCCUAUCUAUGUAUUUGAAAUGAAUGGAGAAUUUUCUGUGGGUGCAAAUAAGCCUGAAAUACAGAGAGAUAUCCCAAGAUCUUUUGUUAUUAGAGGAGAUAAACAAAAAAAUGACAUUGAUAACAACUUAAAUAAAGAAGAAAGUCAAGCAAGAAAUGUGACAGAGUAUACUAUUAAAGUGUACACAGGUGACAAAAGGGGAGCAGGGACUGAUGCCAAUGUGCAUAUUAUUUUAUUUGGGAAUGAGGACAAAUCUGAGGUAUUUCAACUCUCUCAGUCACUAGAGCAUCAAAACCCCUUUGAAAGAGGAAAGUUGGUCCAAGUUUCUUCAGCCAGGAUAUCUGUGACUAUCUUCUAA